CAGUCGUUACAUUUGGGAUUCAUCAGACAAAAAUAAAUAAAUAUCAAAAUAUUGCGAACAAAAACAACAAAAGUGGAAAAAACACAGCGACCAGUUUGAUUUACUGGUCAAAUAUAUAAUGAACUUAGCAAUAAGAUCCGGUGACCACCCAUCUGACCUUUUGUUUGUUAAUUUUAACCAAGAUUGCACGUCUUUGGCAGUUGGAAGUAAAUCCUGGUACAGACUUUACUCAUUAAAUACUGUUGAUAAAUUAGAAUCCAUUUAUGAAAAUGAAAGUGAAGACGUGUGUAUAGUGGAACGUUUAUUUUCCAGUAGUUUAGUCGCCAUUGUCAGUAUCUCAUCGCCUCGUAAACUUAAAGUGUGUCAUUUCAAAAAAGGGACAGAAAUCUGUAAUUACAGUUACUCAAAUUCAAUAUUGGCCGUUAAAUUAAAUAGACAGAGGUUAAUAGUAUGUCUGGAAGAAAGCUUAUAUAUACACAAUAUACGAGAUAUGAAAGUGUUACAUACAAUACGUGACACACCCCCUAAUCUCACAGGGUUGUGUGCACUAUCUAUAAAUAAUGAUAACUGCUUUUUGGCCUAUCCUGGUAGUAACCAGAUUGGUGAAGUACAGAUAUUUGACACUAUUAACUUACGAGCUGUUACGAUGAUACCUGCCCAUGAUAAUCCUUUAGCUGCAAUAGCAUUCAAUGCACAAGGCAACAGAGUGGCAACAGCCUCAGAAAAGGGAACAGUAAUAAGAGUGUUUUCAGUUCCUGAUGGACAAAAGCUUUUUGAAUUCAGACGAGGAGUUAAAAGAUGUGCAACCAUUUAUUCCUUAGCGUUUAGUGUGGAUUCUAUGUUCUUGGCAGCUUCCAGUAGUACAGAGACGGUCCAUGUUUUCAAAUUAGAAACACCUAAAGACAAUAAGACAGAAGAACCACAAGGUUGGAUGGGAUACUUUGGUCAAGCUCUGAAGACUUCAGCGAAUUAUUUACCAACACAGGUUACAGAAUUGUUUCAUCAAGGGAGAGCUUUUGCUACAGCUAGACUGCCUUCAUCUGGGUUAAUUAAUGUUUGUGCAUUAUCUGUGAUACAGAAGAUACCUAGAUUAUUAGUUGCAUCUCAAGAUGGAUAUUUAUAUAUAUUUAACCUUGACCCUACAGAUAGCAAUGAGUGUGUUCUAGUCAGACAGCACAGGUUAGAUGGCCUAACUGGGGACAGCCAUGUAACUGAAGUUACGCCCUAUGAUAAACCAUUAACUCAUCAACAGUCAACCACAAGUUAUGCUUCAACGGUGAAGAAACAAGAACCCACAGUAGGUGUUGGAUCAAACAUGGCUCCUCCAGACUCAAUUGCAAAGAUACUAGAUUCAGAACCAUACCAGGAAAUGGAUCAGGGUGCAACAGGAGGAGAGGAUUUAAAAGGACUUGGACAAUUACGAUUGGACGAUGAUAAUGAAUUUCCACCAAUGACCCAUAAGAAUGAUUGAAUAUUUUAAAUGAUUUUUGUAUUGCCUAUAUUAUUAAUGUUUCUACCAAAAGUGAUAGCUUUGUAUAGAACUUAAACAAGCUUAAUAAGUUCUUAUUUUCACAAUGUGGAGCAUUUUAUUUAUCUCAUUAAUUAUGACCAAUGAAAAUUUAUGUACUAUUUUGUUUUAACCAAUGAGAUUUGCUGACCUUACUGCAAAAUGGAACCAGUAUGAUGCAAAGAUUGCUUUUAUGAAUGAACUGUCUAAUAAAUUAUAAUAUAUAUAAAGGAAAA